AUGCAGGGAGAUCCCAACUUCCAGCAGACUUUGGAGUUGCUGACUCAGGCUUUAGCUAGGACUGGGCAGCCCAGAGAUCCCUCAUUGGGAUAUGCUGAUCAAGCUAAGAGGAUUGGGGCCACUGAUUUUGAUGGUGAUGGUAACCCAGCAGUUGCUGAGGAAUGGAUAGAAAGGAUGGAGCGGAUCAUGGAGGUCAUGGUUGUUCCACAGAACUGCAGGGUUACUCUGGCUACCUUCUUCUGGAUCAGAAAUACCAGACAUUGGUGGGAUUCGGUUAAGAUGAGAUAUCGGGAUCCUUUAGCCAUUACGUGGCAAGUAUUCAGAGCCGCAUUUGACAGUCAAUACUAUCUACAAGCCUACCAGAAUGUGAAGAUGCAAGAGUUUUUACAGCUGGAGCAGGGGAUAAUGAUAGUAUUAGAGUAUGAGCAAAGGUUUAAUGAUCUGUCUAAGUAUUGUCUUCCACUGGUGGAGGAUGAAAUCAAGAAGUGUCAACUUUUCACUAUGGGGUUAAAGGCUUCCAUUCGAGAUAUCGUGAUCAGUCAGCGGUUGACUAACUUUGGUGAUGUGGCGGUCCUAGUCAGGGAUCAUCCAAGAGAGGCAGUUACAGUUCUGGAUCAUCUAGUGGCCACAGCUACGGAGGAUACUGACCUGGCUUUAGUUCCAGUAGAGGUUCCAACCAGAAUGGCAGUUCUGGAAACCGCUCCGGGGGAAGUACAGCUAGAGGUACUGGGAGACAGUUGCUGUCAGCAUCUGGCAGGAGGAGUCGCCGCCAAUGUGCCAAGUGUGAAUAGAGAGACCACAGCUGCAUCGACUCUGGGGACAGGUAUGCAGGGUAGAUCAGAGGAGAUACCACAGUUUGUGGAGGCUUCGUCCAGUGGUGGAGCCCAGACCAGUGUAGCUAGCCGAGGUAGCAGUCAGCAAAGGGGACGUGGUGGACGUUCCAGGGCCACAGGCAGAGUGUAUAACAUGUCCCAGCAGGAAGCACAUGCAUCACCUGAUGAAAUUACAGCUAUGACGGCAAAACGGUUGCUCAGAAAAGGGUGCUCAGGAUAUAUAGCGCAUGUAAUUGAUACCAGAGAUAAUAGGCUGAGAUUGGAAGAUAUUCCAGUCGUACAGGAAUUUCCAGAUGUAUUCCCCGAGCAUCUUCCUGGAUUACCUCCUCAUCGGGAGAUCGAGUUCAUUAUUGAGCUCGCUCCAGGAACGAAUCCUAUUUCUCAGGCACUGUACCGAAUGGUUUUUCUCCUUGGGGUGCUCUAG